AUGGCCUCCCUCGCGUGGAUUCACGCUUUCGGGCUGGUGGAUCUCCCUCUUCUUCGACUCGACUCGCUACUGUCUUGUCUUGCCAUCUUCUCGGCUCGCCAAAUUUAUUGCCUGUCGCUGAUAAUCAAGAACGGAAGACAAGAUGAUCUUCCCGAAGAAUCCGAUAGCGAAGCCGCCAUAGGCAGCGACAUGAACGGAUUCGCACGGAGCUCUGACUUAUGGGGACUGGGACUAACCUCUGAUCAAGCACGUCUUCUGAUUAUCCUGGAAGACGACCAGGCAAAGAAGCAGGGUCUUACACCUACUCCCGUACUCCAAAUCGCCAUCGCGCUUCCAUAA